AUGGCGUGGGCGCUGCUGGUGACGCUGCUGGCGGCCGCGCUCGGCCGCGUUUCGGAGGCGCAGUGCCCCGCGCCCGCCGAGCUGCGCCCCGCCAACGGCACGCGGCUGUGCGCGCUGCUCUACGCCGACAACAGCCCCUACUACGAGCAGUGCUGCGCCGGCGAGGCGCUGCCGGUGCCGCCGGGCAGCGACGUGCCCUACAUGCCGCGCGGCUGGGCCGGCCGCGUCUCCUCGCUCGUGGUGGGCGCCCGGUGCGAGCUGACCGUGUGGUCGCGCAGGGCCAAGAAGGGCAGCACGCGGCGCUUCGGCGCCGGCGCGGUGCCGCGGCUGCAGGAGGUGCGGCGCGGGCUCUUCGGCGACUGGAACGACGCCAUCCGCGCCUUCUACUGCACCUGCAAGUGA